UCUGUACAGCCCAGAACACUGAAGGCACAUCACUGAGAGGCUCGGGAAGCAGAGGCAGGAACCAUCGCUCAGUGAGCGGGGAGAGAAGACGGAUGUUACAGCAGCGGCGUGGGGAGCAAAUCGGCGAUUCCCCCACUUUAGAGGAGGGACUAAGGCUACCCAACUUCGUGGUACUCCUCUUUGCAGGACACAGAUAAAAGGAUGGAAGGUUCCAGUUCUACAGCAGCCCCUGUACAGAGCAGCGCCCGGCAAAGCAACAAGUCCUCAGCUUGUUCCACCAGAAGGGCUGUGCAACAGGAAAGAAAUGGUCCACCAGAUGGAGCAACAGGUGAUGGCAACCGGCCAAAAGAUGACCAGAAAACUGCAAUCAGACGAAUUGUGAAAAGUUACAGCGACUCUGAGCUGUACAUGAUUACCUGCUUCUACAGGCAGAGAUUGGAGGUGAUAGAUGAUCUGGUGGAGGACUUGACAGCUGUGCUGGGGAAACUACUGAAAGGCAGAGAGUUUAUGGAUAUCAGACAGCUGGUAAAGAGCAAACAGAGACAGAAAGCAUCGAGAAUUCUUCUGGAUUUAGUGACUAGAGCGCCAAUCCAGGUGCAGAGAGAGAUGUGGGAAGUUUUUGUGGAAAUGCAGGACAAUAAACCAUAGCUGAAGGGAAUCCUAAGGGAGAUCCAGGAAAAGGGUACGAGGCUUCCCAUUGAGGUAUUUCAGUGCUGGUGUGAAGAGGAGGUGCCUGAAGAACUUAGAGACGUUCAGAAACAGCACAAAAAAACCAUCCGCGCCCAGAAUGAGAAACUCUCAGUAAACACCCUGCGAGGACGGGAGAAGACCAAGACAUUUCUGCUGUCUGACCGCUACACAGAAUUAAUAGUCACUUCCUCUCACCGUGAUCGGAGGCUGGUGGAGCAUGAACUGGUGGCGAGAGGCAGAGAACAUGAGGAGUGGCAAGAGAGGAAUGUCAGGAAGGAGCAGGGGAGAAUAGGAUCGGAUGAGCUGUUCGGAUCUACUUUCGGGACAACCAUCCUGAGUGGAAUCGCAGGGAUUGGGAAAACCACCAUGGUGCAGAACAUUCUGUAUCGCUGGGCCACAGGGAAGGUCUAUCCCCAGAUCCACUGUGUCUUUCAUUUCAAAUUCCGUGACCUGAACGUGGUAAAAGGGGAAACCAGUCUGAAAACCAUGGUCCUGGAAUCAUAUCCUUAUCUUCAGGAUGUUCUGGACAAGAUCUGGGAGAAGCCGGAACAUUUGCUGUUUGUGUUUGAUGGUUUGGACGAGUUCAAAGGCAAGAUUGAGUUCACAGACAGUGACAGAAACCUAUCCCUUGAAAGCCUGUGUCCCGUGGCUGACAUUGUGCGCUCUCUGGUGCAGCAGGAAGUACUGAAAGGCUGUUCAGUGCUGAUCACAAGCCGCCCAACUGCUCUGGAGUCUUUAGAUCACAUUCACACCAACCUCUGGGCUGAAAUCCUGGGGUUCUUUGCUGAGGGAAGGGAAGAUUAUAUCAGACGCUAUUUUGGAGAUGAGAAAAUUGCAGCUGAAGUGCUGAGAUAUGUGAAGGAGAACGAAAUCCUGUACACCAUGUGCUUCAACCCUUCCUACUGCUGGAUCCUCUGCUGUACAUUGGAGACAAUCUUCAAGCAUCCAGAACACAGACAGCCUCCCCCCAAAACCAUCACACAGCUGUACUCCAACUACAUUUACAACAUCCUGAAGAACCAUCCCCGAGAGAGCGAGAGCCCUCGGGAGGUGAUGCUGAGAGCCGGGGAGAUGGCCUAUGAGGGGGUCUGUAACAGGACCAUUGUGUUCGAUGAUGACCAUUUCAAACGCCAUCAGCUUGAACCCUCAACCUUCAUCUCUGGGUUUAUGAUGGAGAUUCUGGAGAAGGAUGAUGGUGGGAGACGAGUUGUGUACACAUUCCCUCACCUCACCGUCCAGGAGUUUGUGGCUGCUCUCGCUCAGUACCUGACUCCCGUCCGCAGGAACCUGGUGGAGCUGCUGGACCACGUUCACAAGGAGAACGACGGGCGCUUUGAGAUCUUCCUGCGGUUUGUUGUGGGUCUCUCCUGGCCACACACAGCCCGGCAGCUGGAGGAGAUCCUGGGGCCGUUACCUAACGCGUCAGUCUGUGAAGCCAUCUCCUGGCUGAAGGUCAAUGUUGAGGCGGCCAUUAAACAGUCAGGGAGUAAAGAUGGGAACAGGAAGCUGCUGAACAUGAUGUACUAUCUGUUUGAGUCUCAGAACAAGAGACUGGCCCAGAUCACACUCGGAGCUGUGGAGAAAUUGAACUUUAGUGGGAUGAGAUUGAACCCUCUGGACUGUGCUGUGCUGUCUCAUGUGUUACAGCUCUGUGACACCAUAGAAUACCUCAAUCUCAACCGCUGUAACAUCGGAGCUGAGGAGCUCCAGCGUCUGGUGCCCGCACUGCACAAGUGCCGACAGCUCAGCCUGGAGUUCAAUAACCUGAGAGAUUGUGGAGUGAAGAGAGUGUGUGAGGCUCUGAGGAACCCGGAGUGUAAAAUACAGCUGAGCCCUGUAGCUCAGUGGCUGAACAGGAACAGACUGACCGAUGGCUGCACUGAUGCUCUGGUCUCCGCUCUCAGUACAAACCGCUCACUGACGCUCCUGGACCUGAGCUCUAACUCCUUCACAGACGGCUCUGUCCGCGCUCUCCGCCGCCUCAUACAGACCUGCACCAGUCUGGAGGAGGUCUGGCUGCUGGGGAAUAGGUUCAGUUCAGACGGACGGAAUCAGCUGUUGUCAUUGCGGAGAAUCAGAGCUGAGCUGAGAGUAGAAAUAUGA